GUACAUAUCUGGCAGCUUCCUGUUUACCAACGACUGAAAAACGACAAGAGGAGUAAAGAAGUAGUCAUCACUGUUCCACUAAAGCAUCAAGAUGGGGAAGGGAUUCAAUAAUUAUAUGACCAAGAAGUUUUUCCAUCCUGCCAGCAAGGAAAAUAUAAAGCGGGUAUGGAUGGCUGAACAAAAAACCCAGUUUGAUAAGAAAAAACAAGAAGACUUGUUAGCACAAUAUCAGAAGGAACAAGACAUGUAUAGAAACAGAGCUCUGCUUGGAGAUGAAAAGGCAAAACUAGGGUUGAGUUUCAUGUAUGAUGCUCCACCAGGAAUGAAGAAGAAAGAGCAGGAAGAAGGAGAGGCAGAGGUGAAGUUUGACUGGCAGAGAAAAUACAAUGCACCUAGAGAACAGUAUGCUAAGGAUGAUGAAAUGAUCCGGGAUCAGCCGUUUGGUGUGGAGGUGAGAAAUGUGCGCUGUAUAAAAUGUCGUAAGUGGGGACACGUUAACACUGACAAGAUAUGUCCACUGUUUGGGAAAGAUCUCACGGCUGAACCUGAACAACCUGAAAACAGUGCCUCGUCUCUGCUGGAGAGUAUGCAGGAGGAUGGAUUUGCCUUGAAACAGAGCAUCAUGGGAAGAAUGUCAGAUCCUCGAGCAACCAAUGAGCAAAUCAUUGACAGUGAGGAUGAAGAUGACCCUGAAGUCCAGUUUCUAAAGUCACUGACACCUAAACAGAAGAAAAAGCUGUUGAAGAGAUUGAACAAACUUCAAAAUAAAGGAAAACACAAAUCCAGUAAAAAAUCUAAAAAGAAAAAGAAAAACAGAAGGAAGUCAGCUUCAUCAGAUUCAGAUGAAAGUCCAAAAAAACGAAAACAUAAGAAAAUGGUCCAGUCAGACAGCUCUAGUAGUGACAGUGAAAGCUCAGAUGAUGAACCAGUGAGAAAGAGGCCAAGAGAGAGACACCAACAGAGAAUGGACUGUGAUGACAGUCCACACAGAAACAGAGAAAAGAACCGUCUUGGUAUGCCCCGGCACCGUAACAGCUCAGAAGAUAAAUGGAAGGCAUCACAUCGCAGAUCUCGCAGUAGCUCCUCAGAGGAAGUACAAAGAGGAAGGAAAGGACGUCCAGGACAGAGUAAAAAUCACCGAAAACCCAGGGACAGUAGUUCUAGUGAGGAUGAUAGACCUCGUAUAAAGAGGGAACCACCAAGUCGACGGGGUCGACACGAUUCUAGUGAUGAUGAAGGGGCGAAAUCUGUUAGAAAACCAAAUCAGGACAAAAAACAUUCGCACGAGAUGGAAAGGGAGAGAGACUCCAGGCAAAAUGGGCAUCAAAGUCAAGAUAAAAAGGACUCUCGUUACAGUCAGGAUAAUCGUGAACAUCAUCAAUUUUUCAGGAGAGAUAACCGAGGGAGAAGAGCAAGUCCUUCUCCACGUAAACAUAGAUCAAGGUCAAAUGACAUGCGACGCAGGUCAAGGUCAAAUGACAGACGACACAGGUCAAGGUCAAAUGACAGACGACACAGGUCAAGGUCAAAUGACAGACGGCAGAGGUCAAGGUCAAAUGACAGACGGCAGAGGUCAAGGUCAAAUGAAAGACAACAUAGGUCAAGGUCAGGAGAUAAAGGUCAGAGGUCAAGAGAAGGAAGGAAAGGUGAAGAUAACAGAUACAGAAAUCACCACAGCAGACAGAGAGACACCUCCGACAGUGACUGAUGAGUUUGAUCAUAAAAAAAACAUUUAUCUGAGCAUGUCUGUUUACAAUCAUUGUCCUACCUAUUAAUUUGUCAUUGAUAAUAUUCAUUUAAUGAUGCAGCAUCAUAAUUUAAAGACUCCAUUCAUACAACAUAAUAUAUAUUUGGAGAACUGUUUUGUAUCAGGUAAAUAGAUGAGAAUACUUUAAAUAUUUUUUGUAAACCUGAAGGUUCACUCCUUGCUUAGGUUUAGUUGUAAAAUUUUAAUUGAAAUGCCGGUUUCUCCAUGCAGAAAAACCUUCAACAUUUUCCAAAUCCAAGGUAUGAAAAGGGCAAUGAUGACUUUCUCUCGUUUUUCAAAGGCAAGAAAGGGGAAACAAAUCAAAUAUGUUCAAACAAAUUUUUUAUAUGAAUUGAGGGAGAUUACUAGCAACAACAACAACAUCAAACUAUGAAGUUUCCAGUAUCUAUCACUCAGGUGACAUUAUAAAGGAGGUGACCUAGUUCUGUCAGCUGGACACUUGGCUGGAAUGUGUUUAAACGAUGACUGGUUACCUGUAACUCUACCAGUCGUGUACAAUGAUAAUCAUUCAAUGAUCAUGUAAAAUUUUAAUUGGGUAAUUAUCUAAUUUUAUACUGUAAAAGUGUGCCUCCCAAGUUGACAAUAAAUGAAAUGUUGAGAC